GAUCUUCAUUCUCCACCAAACUUCUUUCUUCUCAUUACUCAACAACCAUCACACUUUCCUUUUCAAUUUCCAUUCUCAGAUCUCACAAUUCACACUCUUCUCUUCAAAAAAAACCCUAAUUUCUCAUCCAUUUUUCGUGUAAUUCUGUACUUGUUAGUAGUAGAUUGUGAAUUUUCUAGAUUAAUUGUGAAUUUCUAGUUAGUGAGGUAGUUUUCAUGGCAAUGCCAAUGGGAAAUGCGGUAACACCUGAGAUUAAGCAUUUUCCGGCGGUGGUUACUGGCGGUGAGAUGCAGUACAGGCCACAACCACAGCAGUGGUUUGUUGAUGAGAGAGACGGGUUUAUGAACUGGCUUCGCAGCGAGUUUGCCGCUGCGAAUGCUAUUAUAGAUUGUCUUGUUCAGCAUUUGCGGGCUGUUGGGGAGAGUGGUGAGUAUGAUUUUGUUGUGGGUGCAAUUGAGCAGAGGAGGGUUAAUUGGAAUCAGGUGCUUCUUAUGCAGCAGUACUAUUCGGUUUCUGAGGUUGGGUAUGCUUUACAGCAGGUCGCGUGGAGGAGGCAGCAGAGGCCGGCUAAGCCGGCUGUUAAGGAGUUUAGGAAGGUUAGGCAAUGGCAGAGAUUUGAGGCGGGUAAUGGGAAGGAAGGUAGUAAUUCUAGUGUAGAGUCUCGCCGUUGGGAAGCGAAUUCCGCUGUUAAAGGGUCUCAAGUAGUUGAUAAGAGUGAAGAAGUUAAAUCUGGUGGCAAGGUUGGAACUAAGGAUGAUAAGAGUUCAGACAAUGCUGAGGAGAAGAAAGCAGAUACUGUAACAAAUCCUCAAUCUGAUGUCAUUUUGAAGAGCUCCGGGAAUUCUCAAGGAUCACUGUCCGGUGCAGAAUGUAAAGCCGUUAGUGUAAAUGAAGAAUGUGCAUCAAAGUCUGGAGAAAAUGAUUCACUUUCUAUGCAAAACCAACACCAGAGUGAGAAUGGUUCUACCACAGGAAAAACUUAUAUUAGCAAUGAGUUGUUUGAUGGGAAGAUGGUUAAUGUGGUUGAAGGACUGAAGUUGUAUGAAGAUUUAAUUGAUAGUAAUGAAAUUUCUAAACUUGGUUCAUUGGUCAAUGAUUUGAGGGUUGCUGGAAGAAAAGGACAAUUGCAAGGAAGUCAGACAUAUUUGUUUUCUAAAAGGCCUAUGAGAGGACAUGGAAGAGAGCUGAUUCAGUUGGGUGUUCCUGUUGCCGAUGCACCACUAGAUGUGGACAAUGUGACAGCAUCUUUGAAAGAUAAGAAUGUGGAACCUAUGCCUUCCUUGUUUCAAGAUAUCAUUGAGCGCAUGGCUGCCUCGCAAGUGAUGACUGUGAAGCCCGAUGCUUGCGUUGUGGAUUUCUAUAACGAGGGUGAUCACUCGAUGCCAAACAGUUGGCCGUCUUGGUUUGGAAGGCCUGUUUAUAUGCUUUUCCUGACUGAAUGUGACAUGACUUUCGGGAGGACAAUUGUCCCAGAUCACCAUGGGAAUUAUAGGGGCAAUGUCAAGCUUUCUCUUGCACCUGGAUCCCUUCUAGUGAUGCAAGGUAAAUCAGCUGAUUUUGCCAAACAUGCUAUUCCUUCUAUUCAAAAACAACGCAUACUUGUUACUUUCACAAAGCAUCUACCAAAAAAGUCUCUGCCAAUCAACGCUCAAGGGCAUGCUUUGCCGGCAACAUCACAUUACUCAGCCAGAUCUCCAAACCAUAUCAGUCAUCGGGCGUUAGCUCCCAAGCAUUAUUCUGCAGUUCAUGUAACCGGAGUACUGCCGGCUCCUUCCCUACAAGCAUCUCCUAACAGCAUGCAGCCAUUGUUUGUGCCUGCACCAGUUGCUACUCCCAUGCAAUUUGCUACAUCUGUGCCGAUCCCGCCUGGCUCUACGGGUUGGACCACAGCUCCUCCAAGGCAUCCUCCUCCUCGAGUCCUUGUUCCCGGCACGGGAGUCUUCCUUCCUCCACCUGGCUCUGCUAAUUCAUCUCAGCACUCACAAGGUACCUUAACUGAAAUGAACCAAGGUGUUGGAGCUCCAGCAUUGUCAAUAAAGGAAAACGGGAAAUCUAAUUAUAACAAUACUAAUGGUUCACCAAAAGGUAAAACGGAUGAAAAUAUUCAAAGGCAAGAAUGCAAUGGUAAUGCAACUGGAACUGAAGUCGAACAAGCUAUAGAGCAAACUAUAGAGAAAGAAGAGGAAAAGAAUGGAGAAACUGUCUCAAGCUAAUGAGAGAUUACAGAGAAAAGAAAGGUUCAUCAAAGGAAAAAGAUAGAAAGUUAAUUUGAGUUUGAAUCAAAAUGUAAAGAGCGGCAACAUUUGAGAUAACAUUAUACUGCAAAGGAAAGAGCAAGGGAAGGGUGUAGAACAUUUUGGUUCUUUUCAAAAUCCUUUCUGUUGGAUCCAUCCUUUUUUUUGUUGUCUUAUUAAUAUUAUAUUAACUUCUAUAGUAAGGGAAAACUCAUUCUUAAUUCAGAUUUAAAUGCCUCUAUAACUGAA